UCUCUGCAGUCUCAGUUGAACUGUGAUCAAAGUACGUCCCAUGCAAGGUACUACUGCUCUCCAGACAGUUGCGCUUGUUUCGUGGAGUCGCGCUAUAAACGCCUUUUGGGAAAACGACAGAAAAGGUUGCAGGGAUGAAGCAGGAAAAGAGUCAAUGCAAGGAGUUCCUGGAGAAUAUCAGUGUUCUGAAAUGGUUAUGGAGCUUCCUCCUGUUAGGUCCGGCUUGUAUUGGAUUGAUGGUGUACCUUCUGUUGACCUCUCUGUGGCCGCUGCCUGCUCUCUACUUCAUAUGGCAGUUGAAGGACUGGCACACACCUGAAAGAGGGGGCAGGAGAAGUGCCUUUGUGAGAAACUGGAAAGUGUGGAAGCACGUUAGGGACUACUUCCCGAUGAAGUUAGUGAAGACAGCGGAGUUGAACCCAAACAAGAACUACAUCUUAGGGUGUCAUCCUCACGGGGUGUUCAGUAUCGGAGCCUUUGCCUCUUUCAGCACUGAGGCCUGUGGCUUUAUGGACCUCUUUCCUGGGCUGUGCUCCUGCCUCUGCACCCUGGGUGGCCUCUUCAAGAUCCCCCUCUUCAGGGAAUAUCUCAUGGCCACAGGUUGUUGUCCAGUCAGCAAGCCCAGUCUCGAGCACCUUCUGUCUAAAAGUGGGAAAGGCAAUGCGGUGGUGAUUGUGAUAGGGGGCGCUGCUGAGUCCCUGCUGAGCCUGCCUGGGGUCAACACUGUGGUCAUGAAACAGAGGAAAGGCUUCGUCCGGGUGGCCCUGGAGUUUGGGGCUGACCUGGUGCCCGUCUACUCGUACGGGGAGAACGACAUGUUCCGCCAGGUAAUCUUCUCAGAGGGGAGUGUGGGCUGGAGAUUACAGCAACUCUUUAAGAAGAUUAUGAGUUUUUCCCCCUGUCUGUUUGUGGGUGAACGCUGGUUCUGGAUGCCUUACCACUGCCCGGUCACCACUGUGGUGGGUAGUCCUAUCCCAGUGCCAAAGAGGCCUUCUCCCACCCAGGAGGAGGUGGACCACUUUCACGGCCUCUACAUGGAGGCCCUGGCCAAGCUCUUCAACGAACACAAGGCCAGCUGUGGACUCUCGGAGAGCCACGAGCUGCGGAUCGUAUAGACCGAUCACUCAGACUGCUCCCACAAGGACAAUGUGAAUGAUACUGUAGCCUACUCAUCUCCACAGUGAGACUACUUGAAUCAACAUAUUCCAACUGAGGAUCUGAUCCAGCGUGGUCCCAAUCAUUUGAUCCCUGGAUUACCCAAGCUGCCUGGCUAAUAGCUUUUGACUGUAUUUACUGUAAGAAUCAACAAAUCUCACGUAAUUUGGUCAGAUGCUGUUUACGUAGUCUGUCCUUGAGAUUUUACUUUUAAAAAUGACUACAAUGGAACAGUGCGUGUGCUUUAUAUGUAGCGAUAAUUUAACCAUGAAUCUGAAUACCUCACUCUCCAUUUCAUAAAAAACAGUGAUUGAUUGUGUGACUUAGGAUUUAUAUAGAAAUACUGGGCGUACAUGUUGAGUACAAUCAAUCAGACUUUGUAGUCACCAGCAGCAUCUGGGUGAAGUUUAUCAGGGAGUUUAUCAGGGAGUUUAUCAGGGAGUUUAUCAGGGAGUUUAUCAGGGAGUUUAUCAGGGAGUUUAUCAGGGAGUUUAUCAGGGAGUUUAUCAGGGAGUUUAUCAGGGAGUUUAUCAGGGAGUUUAUCAGGGAGUUUAUCAGGGAGUUUAUCAGGGAGUUUAUCAGGGAUCUUAACAGUCUUUCAUGUAUAAUAACUCUAACCUUUUGGAAUAACUUUGCGCGGUAGAGUAAUAUAUUUAAAGUAUGACUUUCUGCUGAUAUCUAUUUCAAUAAAUGUGGCUUGUGAUGAGGGUCAAUUUUGACCAGAGUUUAUUUUUAUUUUAUUUUCUUUGAGAGAGAGAGAGAGAGAGAGAGAGAACACACUCUGCCUCCCCGACCCACAGAUCAACCACCAUGACAGUACAACUGAACCACACACACACAUAUGCCAUUUUUUAAAUAGAAAAAAAAUCUUUGUCACCUAAAACAUCAUUAAAAUCCCUUUUGCAUUUUAA